AUGGCUGGUUUCCUGACGAGAAUAAAGAGCGCCAGCUCGGCGUCGCCGAAUCAACCAUUGAAGGAGGCCCACGGCAAGAAAAAGGAUGACCUCGCCUUGGAAGCAACCCCAUUGGAAAAGAUGCUCCACAGCGCGGGUCCCAUGCGCGGAGAUGGGAGCGACAUAUUCUUUGGUUUUGAAAACUUCGGAAACACCUGCUACUGUAAUUCCAUCGUGCAAGCUUUGUUCUAUUCGGACCUGUUCCGAGAGAGCGUGAUAAACUAUCCAUCUCUCUCACCCUUGGACACGCCCAAUGGCACACGACCCAGAGUCAACGUGACCCUUCGACCACCCAUGAACCCGAAUCCUGCCACACCACAACAGAGACAGAGGAACGGCAGCGCCGCGUCUCAGGCUCUCAGGCAGCGACAGGCUCUCAAUUCGGGUCAGCUUCCGCCAUCUCAGACCCUCAAGCCCGAGGACAAGCCUGAUACCCCCGAGUAUAAGAAGAAGCAAGCCAUGUUGAAGGGGCCGAUACUUGAGCUGGCGCAGGAGAAUGCUGCCGCAUAUGGCAUGGAGGAGUGCACCUUUACCGGCCUGAAGGACAUUUUCCUCACUCUCCUCGGCAGCACUUCUCGAACCGGUGUCCUGAGCCCGCAACGUUUUCUGGAAAUCUUCAAGCGCGACAACGAGAUGUUUCGGAACUCGAUGCAUCAAGAUGCGCAUGAGUUCUACGGCCUAGUCUUGAAUGAUGUCAUCUCCAAUGUGGAGAAGAAUGCUCGCAGGAUUCAGGAGCUCGAGAACAGCAGAGGACGGGAUGAGCUGACGCAGCCUACGGAAAACGUCGUCGGCUCUGCCGUUGCCAACGGUGCCGCAGGCCAUCGACCUCCGGGAAUCGGCUGGGUUCACGACAUUUUCGAGGGCGUUUUGACGUCGGAGACGAGAUGCCUUACGUGCGAAACAGCUUCCCGACGCGACGAAACCUUCCUAGACCUUUCCAUCGAUCUGGAAGAACACACGUCUGUCACUUCCUGCCUGCGCAAGUUUUCGGCCGAGGAAAUGCUGUGCGAGCGCAACAAGUUCCACUGCGAUCACUGCGGUGGUUUGCAGGAGGCCGAAAAACGCAUGAAGGUGAAGAAGCUGCCCAAAAUCCUGACACUGCACUUGAAGCGAUUCAAAUACACCGAGGAUUAUAGCCGGCUCCAAAAGCUCUUUCACCGUGUGGUGUAUCCAUAUCACCUCCGCAUGUUCAACACUACGGACGACGCUGAGGACCCGGACCGGCUCUAUGAGCUGUAUGCUGUCGUGGUACACAUUGGCGGGAAUGCCUACCACGGCCACUACGUCUCCAUCAUCAAGACCAAGGACAGAGGCUGGCUCCUGUUUGACGACGAAAUGGUCGAACCCGUGGACAAGCACUUUGUGCGCAACUUUUUCGGGGACAAGCCAGGCAUGGCUACAGCAUACGUCUUGUUUUAUCAAGGGACGACUUUCGAAAAGGUCAGGGAGGAACAAGAGAAGGAAGGCAUGGAAGAGGUCAAGCUGGCCACGCAGGCUGCCAAUGUUGCCCACGACGACGGCGGCGACAAGGCAGACACUGCGCCUCUGCAGCGACUGGCGACACAGCCGGCCCCGGCAAUACCAGAGCACGAUUCUUUGUCGAGCCUCGCCCACGCCCAAACUGCUCCAGAUAUGCCGACCCCGCCUCUGCCACAUAUGGAUAUACCAGAUAUACCAGCACAUGCUGGAGCCAUGUCCGCGGCACCGACAGCAACGAAUCCCGGCGGCGCACCGUUGAAGACACUGGCGACGAAGCAGGAUGGGCUCAAGAGGGACGACAAGAAGAGGGAGAAGAGGGAGCGCGAGACGGUCGAAAAGGCCGCCAAGCUGGCAGAAAAGGAGAAGGAGAAGCACGCCAAGGCGGCCGCCAAGGAGGAAGGGAAGAAACGAAGAGAUGAGCAAGUAAAGGGUACGCAGGGCAAGAGAAGCGAGCAGGAAGAGUGUCAAAAGGCUCUCAAAGCCAGCAGCAAAAAGAGCGCAGGCCACGAGGAAGAAACGAGGAGAAAGGACAACGGUGCGUCGGGCUCAUGGGGAUUCCUUGACCGAUCCAAAAGGGAUAGCAAGUCGAUGGCGCGAAAGAGCUUCAGUUUCUUCCACAAGGACAAAGGGAACAACGAAAGUGCCGUGGUGGAUGGUGGUGAGAAUGGAGACACAGCCGAGAGGCCUGAAAAGACGAGGGGACGACUCAGCAUAGGGUUGGGGAGAAAGAAGAGCAGCAACGUAUUAUCGCAAGCGCUCAAGGGGGAAACAAGAAGUGAGCGACAGUGA